GUUGACAACACCCGCCUCUUACUCCAAAGCAUUCAUGGCACCCGACAGACGCAUCGCAAAGCCGCACAACGUGAUUGAGAGGAUCUACACAGGAUCGCGUUGUUUUCUAGUCCAGAUGCGCGUAUCCCAGGCCGAACUCGCCAAGUUUCGGACCAUGAUGCACCGAUCCAUCGACGCGCACCUCGAUAUAUCCAAGACUUUCACCGCGCAGGAUCCCAAGCGUCUAGAACGGCAUUACGCGGAGGUCGCGAGGGUCUGGAAAGCGGCGGAAAAGUACGAGGAUGCAUGGCCCAUCCGUGCAUAUACGUCGUUCUGGGUCAACGAACGUAGGAAGCAAAAGGGGAAAACAAGAGCCGGACAAGACGAGGGGCAUCCCAGGGUACGUGGCGAUAUCGUCUACCGUCGGACGCUGUUGGUCCGGAAGCCUGUCUAAGCUGCGUGUCGUCCAGGCGGAUGAUACAGACGAUAGCGACUACCGGCCGCCAAAAGCCGCGACAGUACGUGCCCGCAAGCCCCGGCAGUACGCAGCUCGGCGUC